AGGCCGUGUCCAAGCCCGAGGUCUUCCCCCGUCACCCCGUGGCAGGAGGCUCCCUGUCUCUGCGCUGCGUCGUGCACCAGGGCUCUCUCCCAUCUACUACGUGGCUCAGGGGGCGCGAGCUCAGGGGGGAACCUCACAGCGACCGGGGGGAUGAUGGCCCGAGUACUCAGCACUACAUCUACUGGUCCCCUGUUCUCAUCAUCCUGAUGCUCAUCGUGAUCGCAUGCCUCAUCAUUUACCACCGCCACAAAGGGAGGCGACAGGAAGCUGCUCAAGAAGAUUCAUCACCAUCACCACCACCUCCUCCUGAGGAUGAGUACGAGGCGCUGGGACAGAGGGAGAACGUCUACGACAGCCUGGAUCCGUCGCAGGUUCAAACAACAAACUUCUCCUCCAAGACUCGACCCUGGCGCGGGCAGGGAGCGACUCGAGUCCACCAUCCAAGGGGCGGUCGAAAAGCAUCUGAUCAAUACGAAAAUCUUCCUCCUGAGCACGAGUACGAGGCGCUGGGCCACAGGGAGGUUCUUUACGACAGCCUCGAGCCGACGCGAGUCCAGGGUCGGGGUAAAUGGGGACGCAAGGAGCCCGGUCACCCGUCCAGACGAACUUCGGACUUCUCCAAGAUGUGA